GACCCUUCACUUACUUGGCAGCGCGGACAGUGGAAUCAGUGGCCAUCAGCACACGAUCCAUCUACUUCUGGGUUGGACAUGAGUGGAGUUCUGCAUGGUUGCCUUGGCUCUUCUCCCAGCGGAUGGAAUACCACCACACCUGGUACUUCAGGAGCUGUUGAGAAACCUUACAUGAAAAGAAACAGAAAAACUGAACAUCCUGUCUGGGAGUACUUCAAGCGAACUGCCGAUGGUAAUGCACAAUGCGGUAUCUGUACUGGAGUUGUAAAAAGUCCCUGUUCAUCCAAUUUCAUGCGACACCUGAUGCGACAUCAUUCUUCAGAAUAUAACGACGUCUACGUGAAAUGGGUACAGAAGCGUGGACCAAAUAAAUAG